AUGGUUUCCCUCAGUAUAUCCUCCUCGAACUCGUCUCGGUCUUCUAGUGUACACUCGUCACGUUCCCACAGUAGUCUCCGCCAUGUAUCACCGUCUCCCUCUAAUUUCAGCCUUUCAUCCUCCGGCAGCUCCUCCAAUCUUGACGAUGAUGAAAACUUGACCAUCACGUUAAAUCGACCACUAUUCAAUGGAAAUGGCAAAGAGAAGAGCCACGAAGAUUUACAUCUUUUGGCAGUCUCAACGCGUAUGACGGAGCUCUCUUACAGCAUCUCUGACUUACAGACCCGAAUUUUUGAGAUUCAAGAAUUGCGGCAUAAAUCGCAGUCAGCCAAUGAGGCUUCAAAUGCGACUGGUGUAAUUGAUCAAUCACUCGCCAGCCUUGAUGAACGCAUGGACAUCGCCUCAACUGGCAUCAAAUCGGUCAAUGAGACUCUUGAACCCCUCCUGCAGAGUUCCCAGAAAACGCCCGUUGAUAACGAGAGCUUGUCUGAAGAAGAUACAAUCAUGCUGCGGAAGCACGCGGCGCUGAUGACAGAGUGGGAGGGACUACAGAAAGACGUUCAGGUUUUAAGGGAGGAAUUGAAGGAGGACAAGUGGUUGACCGUGUUCAGAACGGUGACGGAUCAAGCGGAUGGAAUGAUGUCAAGUCUAGAGAAGGCGGUCAACAGAUGCCAGGAUUUCAUCUGGAAGAUGCACAAGCAUGGAUUAGAUGACUCCUUGUCACCGUCGUCUUCGACUUCUUCCAUCCGGUCGGAUAAGUCGCCUCUCAACAUCGAGGUGUUUACAUCGCUUCUCGAUUCGUUUGAGGCUAAGAAGAAGCACUAUAUGCCGGCUACUGCGAAAGUUCUGUCCAUCAUCGACAAAGGUGUUCAAGAUCGUGUCACAAAGAAUGGUGAAUGUUUGCGUAGACAUGCUGAAUCGACCCAGCGCUGGCGGAAUCUCCAGGAGCGAAUCUCGAGGACAGAUACAGAGAUGGAAGUGGUACGGAAAUUAAUCAUGAGUGGCGACACUACCCCUUCAAAUAUGAGUGAAGCAGGGUCUAGUGCGUCUGGCGCGACAUCUAAAUCAAAGAAAAAGAAUGGAUUACUGUCGACUCCACCCACACGACAGGUUAAGGAGCGAACUCAAAGUUCAAACACUCUGUCUAGGUCAAUUUCACCUUUCCGCAAAUUAGCGAGAAGAUUCACUCGUUCAUCGAAACCGCCCGCGACUCCUGCAGCUCCGAAGAGCCCUGCUCGAGUGCCAUCCUCGGAGCCCGUUCGCACCUUGAAGCAUCGUGCAUCGAUGCUACAUUUCAUGGGUAGUCAGCCACAGACUCCGAUGACGCCGUCGCAUAAACAUUCGCACAGUCUCACUCCAGAAUCGUCCCCUUCCUCCAAGAAACUUGAAAGACUAGAAGUGAAUUCAACACUCAAGCACAGACCAGCAUGGAACAGCUCUACAAAAGUAGAGUCCGAAGACCGUUCGGCGACCGUAAAGUCCUCCCCCCGCCGGCCCUCGAUAUCGGGAUUGUACCGAAGCUCUGAUCAAGUCCCCCCUGUACCACCUCUAUACCCACCGUACAAUCGCAGCGUUUCGCGUAGUUCUAUGGCAUCUUCAAGACCGUGGUCACCGGUCACGUCUUCUGUUUCUACGGCCCACUCUUCCAACACGCCAUUUUCUAUGUAUCGCCCACCGUCUCGUUCACAAGCGCAGACUCCGGGCCCACCAUCAUCAAUGUACCGUCCACCCUCUCGUUCAGAGGCACAUGGUAUCCCUAUGUCACCUCGCACACGUCCUAAGACACCUAGUCAUAUCCCUGCCCCAUCGACCUCGCACUACAGAUCUAUGUCUGGGUCCCCUUCAGAUGGAGGCUGGGAGAGAGAGGAUUCUCUUUCAUCCGUAGUUUCACCAGGACUGGGUUUGUCUCAUUCGCAUAGCUCUAGCAUCAGUUCUAUCCCUGCGCGUCCUCCUAGUCGCUCUAUGAUACCCAUCCCCAGUGUGCACGUCUCGGCUGCGUCUCGCCCCUCCUCCGCGAUGUCACAAUUCAGGCCUGAGAGUUCCAUGUCGUUCAGGGAUGCGACCGACGGUGCUCGUACGCCCGACGCCAUCACCACUAUGCGCAUGACGCCGCGCCCCAUGCUCCAGCAUCGCAUGCCGCCCUCCAGUUUCCGCGACUCGCCUAGUGCAAGUCCUCGCACCCCGGGGCCAUCAUCGCGUCCUCCUAGCCGAGUGGACGCGGUCACCUCGGGCGGGGAGCGCGAGGGAUUCGGAAAACCAGAGCACGAAUACGUGCCUAUUAAUCCCCGCGACCCGCUCGAUGCUGAGGUUGCACAUGUCGCGAACUCCCUGGCGCACUGUCUGCUGAUUGAGCGCAUCGACCCCCCGCUCCGUGGCACGCCCAAGGAGGGCGAGGAGAUUCGUGCUCAGUAUGCGUUUACAGGGCCCCUAGCGCGCAAGGUGGUGAAUUGCAAACUGACUACACUCGCACGUCCCGGUGCGAAGGGCGUGACAAGGAAGGUUAUGUGCCGCGUCGGUGGAGGUACGUGCUGA